UGCAUAAAUACUGAGUGUGUCUCCUACCUCCUCAGUUUCACUGAACACCAGAAUUAAACCAUGCUGUACUUCAGCUCUGCUCUUUUGCUGGCAGCAAGCUGUCUGCUUGUACACGCAGGCUGUCCAACAGAGACUGUUACCACCUGCGAAGAGAUGGUGCCCCAACGUCUGAGCUGCGAAUCUGAUGGAGUGAUCAGUGUUCAGACCUCACUGUAUGGACGUGCAAAUAAGGGGACCUGCAGCAAGGGGAAACCCUCAAGCCAAACUAGCGACACCAGCUGCUCUUUGAAGGGCGUCAUUGACACAGUCAGGCAGAGAUGCAAUGGAAAAAAGGUGUGUGAAUUGGUCCCCAAUAGCCUUGGAUCUGAUCCAUGCGUUGGUACUGCCAAGUACCUGCAGACCACCUACACCUGCCUCCCAGCUAUUCAUCGUGCAAUAUGUGAGCACUCUCAGGCAGACCUGCAGUGUGACAAAGGACUGAUCAUCUCUGUCUACGGAGCUGAUUAUGGACGCAGAGACAAGACCACGUGCAGCGCUGGGCGCCCAGACGUUCAGCUCCAAAACACAGCCUGCUCAAGCCCCACCAGGAAAGUUGCUGAAAGCUGCCAGGGGAAAAACAGUUGUGUUAUCAAUGCCUCAAACUCUGUGUUUGGAGACCCCUGUGGGGGAACUUUUAAGUACCUGGAGGUGGCUUACGCCUGUCAGUUUCCUCAGGACAUGAAAAACCAGCCUGUGUUAACAGACAUGRAAAAGUUGUUUUCCACCACACUGUUCUUCAGCUCUGCUCUUUUGCUGCUGGCAGCAAGCUGUCUGCUUGUACAUGCAGAGACUGUUACCACUUGCGAAGAGGCUGUGCCCCAACGUCURAGCUGCGGAUCUGGAGUGAUCAGAGUUCUGUUCUCAAUGUAUGGACGUCUGGACAGUGGGACCUGCAGCGUGGGGAAACCCUCAAGCCAAACUAGCGACACCAGCUGCUCUUUGGAGGGCGUCAUUGACACAGUCAGGCAGAGAUGCAAUGGAAAAAAGGUGUGUGUAUUGGUCCCCAAUCGCCUUGGACCUGAUCCAUGCUUUGGUACUGCCAAGUACCUGCAGACCAUCUACACCUGCACGCCAGCUAUUCAUCUUGUAAUAUGUGAGCACUCUCAGGCAGACCUGCAAUGUGACGAAGGACUGACAAUCUCUAUCUUCAGAGCUGAUUAUGGACGCAGGGACAAGACCACGUGCAGCGCUGGGCGUCCAUAUGUUCAGCUCCAAAACACAGCCUGCUCAAGCCCCACCAGCAACAGCAAAGUUGAUGACAACUGCCAGGGGCAAAACAAUUGUGUUCUAGAUGCAUCAAACGCUGUGUUUGGGGACCCCUGUGAGGGAACUUUUAAGUACCUGGAGGUGGCUUACGCCUGUCAGUUGCUGGCAGCAAGCUGUCUGCUUGUACAUGCAGGCAGUCCAACAGAGACGGUUACCACCUGUGAAUUCACCGUGCCCCAACGUCUGAGCUGUGAAUCUGAUGGAGUGAUCAGUGUUCAGGACUCGUUGUAUGGACGUGCGGACAGAGAGACCUGCAGCGAGGGGAAACUCUCAAGAGAAAUUCUCAACACCAACUGUGCUAUGGAGGGUGUCGUUGACAUAGUCAGGCAGAGAUGUAACGGAAAAAAGGUGUGUGAACUGGUCCCCGAUACCCUCGGUGGAUCUGAUCCAUGCGUUGGUACUGCCAAGUACCUACAGACCACCUACACCUGCCUCCCAGCUAUUCAUCGUGCAACAUGUGAACACUCUUUGGCACACCUGCAGUGUGUCGAAGGACUGGUCAUCUCUGUCUACGGAGCUGAUUAUGGACGCAGAGACAAGACCACGUGCAGCGUUGGGCGUCCAGAUGUUCAGCUCCAAAACACAGCCUGCUCAAGCCCUACCAGCAACAGCAAAGUUGCUGAAAGCUGCCAGGGGCAAAACAGUUGUGUCAUCAAAGCCUCAAACUCUGUGUUUGGAGACCCCUGUGAGGGAACUUUUAAGUACCUGGAGGUGGCUUACGCCUGUCAGUUUCCCCAGGACAUAAUAAACCAGCCUGUGUAAAAUCACACAAUUCCUCCAUUAUUUCCAAUAAACAAGGUUCAAAA